AUGUCGCUCCACCCGCCGCGGAUCGUGCAGCUCUCCGCCGGCUCCCUGGCGGUGGUCUUCGGCCCCGACGACGACGAGGAGUCGGCGGCGGAGGAGAGCCGCCGGAGCUCCUGCGCCACGGGGCUGGAGGUGUUCGCCGACUUCAAGGCGCAGAAUCUCCGCAGUUUCUGGAAUAAUCGGCUGGUGAAGGCCAUGGGCGAGGUGCACUUCCAAGGCUGGAUGGACAACUUGGUGCUUUUCAUCCAGGGAAGCUCGGCUAGCUUGGAGGUGCUGAGGGAAGCGUGGAUGAGAAGAGCGCUCAAGUCAGCCACGGGCUUGGUCAUCAGAGCUGUGGGCGACUUGUCCCCGUUGCAGAUGUCCCCCGUCCCCCAGUCCCAAUUCAUUCCUUUGGCGGAGGUGUUGUGCUCAGUCAUCUCCGACAUGAACUCCUCCCAAAUCGUCGUCAGUCAGGAGACUCUGGUGAACCACAUGAGCAAAUCACAUCCGGGGAUAACCAUUCCAACUCAGGACAUCCUCUACAAUACUUUGGGCACUCUGAUCAAGGAGCGCAAAAUUUACCACACAGGGGAGGGCUACUUCAUCGUCACCCCUCAGACUUAUUUUAUCACCGGCAACGUGGCUCGAGAGAAGACAUGGUGGACUUCGGGCUCAGCGGAGGACCCUCCGUCACCGCCUCCCGUUACUUACCUUCUGAGCAACGACAUCUCGGUGGAGGCGCCCCCGCUGGCUCACUGCAAGUCUUGCAGCUGCUUCAGCUCGCUCCCGACGUCCACCAACGUCCGCCUCGCUGCUACCACGCCGCUCGCCCUUCCUCCACCCGCCACGCCCGAUCAACAUUCCGUCUCCGUUUCCGUCAGCGAAUGCACGGCCAAGAGCUCGAAAUGGCCUCGGCCGUCGGAUCACAAAGCUUCGGUGCAGCAUCAGUCCACCUCCACAGCGGCGGACUGCCACGCCAGCGAGAUCAGCAAACCCUCGGGAGCCAUCAACCGCAAAGAAAAAGACGGCAAGCCGGGCAGGAAGUUUGGCCUCAGUUUGUUCCGGAGGAACGGCGGUAAAAAGGAGAAGUCAAAGAAGGAGUAUGCGUCAUUCGCCGGGCAGUUCCCACCCGAGGAGUGGCCGGUGAGAGACGAAGAUGACCUCAAUAACUUACCUCGCGACCUGGAGCACGCCAUCAUCAAGCGUAUCAACCCCGAGUUGACGGUGGACAACCUGACGCGUCACACGGUUCUGAUGAAGAAGCUGGAAGAAAGGCGGGAGAAGGCCCUGAGCAAAGGAGUCGACAAGGGAAUGUCAACGGAGGUCCUAACAAGUUCUAAAGCGAGGCACCACCACUCCUCCAGGUCAGUCAAAAGGUCUGCUCCGAAAAGCUCUCGGAGCAAACGACGCUUGCACUCCUCCAAAGAAAAACAACGGGAAAGGAUCAAGAAGAUCUAUCAAGACGGAGAAGAUCUGAUCCCCACCAGGUUGCGAGUGGAAAUCCCAAUCGAUCAACCUUGUAAAGCCGAAGAGGCUCUCUCGCUUUACAAGAAACGCAUUGAAAACCCUUUUCAGGCUCCAGAAGCUGGAAUUCUUCCCGCCGCUCGGGAGCAUCGAAAACCAAAAGAAGGCAGGCCGGCAGGGAAGAAGGAACGAACGACCCUUCGCUCCAAAUCUUGGGACGCGCAUCGGACCGAGAUGAGCGUAGCGGACGACCGAGACAUCGCCAAAUCUCGCACAUCUGAAGAAAACUACGGCCGGGAGAGGGAAGCCAGCUGCGAGCAUUUACCGCGGGUCGACACGAAGCUCAACCGAGAAUUCCCGCCGGACUACGGCUCGGCGUACCCGCAGAGCUGCACGCUGCGUAUGGACGACAAACUUCGACACCAGAGGGAAGGAAACGGCGCAGAAACCCCCAAAAGCCAGACUUUGCCCGACGCUCUUCCGAAAAUCCAACCGUAUGGCAAUUCUGACACCGUCCCAACAAGGACCUGGCCCAAGACGGCUUUACAACGGAAGCACUCGCUCAGAUCAACCAAACCGCAAAGAGACGACUCGCAGAAAGCCGACGAACUCGCAACACAUCAGCAGCAAAAAGACGGAAGAACCGCCGGCAGAGAGAAAGAAACACCGGAACCGGUCGUCCAUAACCUGCCCUCGGUAACCGACGCCGAAGAUGACCUCUACCAGAGAAUAGAACAUCACCGGGAUGACGAUACUUGCAGCUCCCUGUGCUUGAACGAGGAGGACCUUACCCCCAAUUACCUUCACCCCCACUUAGUCCACCAGCAAUCCGACACCGAAUCCAAGUAUCACUACUCCGACUUUACCCGUCAACGAGUCACCUCUAGCGACAGAAGGUCCAGCAGCCAGUGGGAAGCUUCUCUGAGCCCCAGCAGAUCUGUGGAACCCGCGUGGAGACGGCAGUAUCCUCAGCAGAGUCAAGCAGCUCCCCAAGAUGAACCAAGUUCCGGAAAAGAAGCUCAGGCGCUGGAAGAAUUACGCCACUCCGAUUGUCCUGAACCUCCCGAGGCCUUUGACAGUAGCAUCUUUGACUACUGCCCAACAAGUGAGGUCGAAUCGGACACGGAGACCGUCCGUAAGUCGACGGACGAGGGCGACGGCGAAUCGGCUCAUUGGGCAGCCGAGGUGAAGGAAGCUCAGGAGGAGGAUUUUCACGAGAGGGCGGUUCCCCUGAAUCCAGGAGCCGGUCUAAGCGGGCCCGGGGAAACGGGAGAGGCAGUGGAACUGGUUGAGAACCAGAGCAUCACAGGAGACAGCGGGAUAGAUUCUCCACGGACCCACGUUAGUCUGGCCUCCAGCAACACAGUCAUUCUGCAGGGUCUCAAGAGAAGGGGUUUUCUCCAGAACUUGGGCAAACUACACACCAAAAGCAGCGCCAUUCGACCACAGAACUCCCUGCUGCAGCUCACUCCUGUCAUGAACGUAUAAAGGGAACCUCAACAUCUUCGCAUGUGCUUUAAUCUCAAAUUCUAUGCAACUGUUUACAAACAGUUUGUACAGAUGUUCAAUGUAUAUUGUAAAUAUUUUUGUUCAAUAUGCUAUGCAAUAUAAGUUCCUGGUUGACAUUGUGUACCUCUGAAAUGUGUAUCAACAUUUAUGGGUUAAUCGAGAGUUUUACAUACAUUGUUUCUUGGGUUAAAAAGUCAAAACUUUCAUUAUUGUAGACUUGAGAGACUAAGAUUAUAAAAAGCUGUAUAUGUUAUAGCAUCCUGUGUUUUUAAUUUGUCCACUUUAUAAUUUGGAUUCGAGCUGAAAGAUUGGAGAAAUUAAAAGAGUAACAUACAAACCGUUGACUUAAUCUGAUUAUUUAAUUCAUAUCAUGAGCAAUUAUCGUAGGCACCAAGUGACGCAUUUUUAAAAAUUAAACAAGAGUAAUGGGUGAGAAUCAAACUUGGGUAAAAGCAGUGCUUCUCAAUUAUUUUCUGUUACGCCUCCCCCUAGCAAGAAGAAAACUAUUCGCGCCCCCCCUCCCCACCGUGACUAUCCUAACUUGUCUUGUAAGUUGUAAAAAUGAGAGCGCCACUGCCCCCUGCUGUAGUAAACGCGCAAUUACACUUUAUUCUAGUACUGCCAAAAAAAAAGCCUGUUCCCCAGGGUCACACGCGCCCCCCCAGGAAUAGCACCGCGCCCCCAAGGGGGCGCGCCCCACUAUUUGAGAAGCACUGGCCUAGGUGACUGAUUCACAAUUUGGUUUUGUCUGAUAUCAGAGAUUAAAUAAAGAAAACCAA